AUGACCAAGGAGGAGGCCCAGGCUGCGGUGGAGGAGGAGGUGGUUGAUGAUGAGGACCUCAGCAGCGACUCCGAGGGCGACAUGCCCGAGCUGGACGAUGAUGAGGAGGGCGGCAAGGGCAAGCAGAGCCGCUCGGAGAAGAAGAGCAGAAAGGCUAUGCAGAAGCUGGGCAUGAAGCCCGUGCCCCACGUGGCGCGCGUGACCAUCAAGAAGAGCAAGAACAUCCUCUUCGUGAUUCAGGCGCCCGACGUGUUCAAGUCGCCGGCCAGCGACACCUACGUGAUCUUUGGCGAGGCCAAGAUCGAGGACCUCUCGGCCCAGGUGGGAUGA